CUGUGCAAUCCCAUCGUCCUCCUGAUUUCACUUCCGACUAGCCCUGUCUUCGCAUCCUUUCACACUCUUUCCGUGCUCAUCCAGGGCGAUAAUUAAACACUCGCUUCGGAAUUAUCGAUUUCCUCUGAAAGUCUGUCGAUCGCUGGUCCAGUCCACGCGGUCUCCUCAAUUUACACCAUCCGACCCACCGCCCACUCCACACGAACCGGUGGACUCAGCACUCGUUUCCUGCCAUUGAUUGUUGGUUCCUGCUUUGCCUCUGGUGGGCAUCGCUUGGGAAGUUGGGAGUCACCCCUCAGCCAAUUGCGCUUGCGCUUGCGCACGGGGGCUGCAGGACAGCUUCUGGACUCCUCACCCUAGUCGAUCGUUCUUAUAUCGCCCUCCCCCCGUCCGGCCGCCCUGAUGUCGGGAAGGCCUGGCAUUACGGAGAAGCGGUUGUCCGCCCAUCGCUUCCAUCAGCUUCGCGACAUGGCGCCAGACAAUAUGUUAAACCGCAAUGAUGUUACCAUCGAUAUCCCAUUGAACACAGUCUCCAGUCGGGGUCAAACCGGCGCUCGCAAGUCGAGCGUCAACGGGCCCGACUCCCCAGACCCUUACCAACCACCAGUCGAUAAUAGCGAAGAGAAACAGGGCCUGGUCGCCCCAAACCCCGGUCUGCGCAGACGGAUCGAUGAAUCUACAGGCCGUUCGAUCGAUGACCCCGAAGAUGGUACAAUCACUCGUGUCGGCCGCUUCUACCAGGCGGUUCUCAACUACUCUAUCGCUACCCGCUACCUGAUCUACGUAACACCGCUCGCUUUGUUACUCGCUAUCCCGAUUAUUGUGGGAGCCACGGCCGCGCAGGACGCAACUAUUGGCGGAGUGACCCUGCCCUGGUUUUUCUUCUGGUUUGAAAUCGUUUGGAUCAGUCUGUGGGCGUGCAAGCUCGCAGCUCGAAUCAUCCCCUACGUCUUCCAAGCACUGUGUGGAUUUGUCAGCUCUGGAACCCGCAAGUAUGCUCUUAUCCUACGCAAGCUCGAGUUUCCGAUCGCGACGGUCCUUUGGUGUGUGGUCUGCUUGGUGACCUUUUUGCCGGUCAUGACGCAGAAUCCCCACCAGAAGAAAAUCAACGACACCACCACCAAGUCCUGGGAGAAGUCGAUCAAGAACGUUCUGUUCGCCCUCUUUGUUUGCAGUUUGAUUUUCCUAGGAGAGAAGGCACUCGUGCAUUUGAUCUCUAUUAGUUAUCAUCGCAAGCAAUUCGAUACUCGAAUCAAAGAAGGUAAACGAAAUGUUUACCUUAUCGGUCUCUUGUAUGAUGCUUCUCGCCAGAUGUUCCCUAUGCACUGCAAGGAAUUUCGAGAAGAGGAUGCCGCCAUUGCGGACUUCCUUCUACUGAACCCAACGAGCAAAACGCGCCUACCGACCAGUGGUUCGGCACCCCUCCGCAUGAUCCGUGGAGUUGGCCAGAACGUCCAAAAGAUCGGUCACAAUGUACAGAGGAUUGGUGGCAAGGUGACAGCCGCCUUCGGUGACGUCGCACAGGAGCUUACCGGCAAGCAAGUUUUUAACCCCACCUCCACCCGGUCGAUUGUUACAGGGGCAUUAGAGCAUCGCAGAACCUCGGAAGCCCUUGCGCGCAGAAUCUGGAUGUCCUUCGUAGUUGAAGGUCGUGAUGCCUUGUAUUUCGAGGACCUUUGUGAGGUGCUCGGCACGGGAUUGGAAGUGGAAGCAGAUGAAUGUAUGAAGAUGCUGGACCGCGACGGCAACGGCGACAUCAGCUUGGAUGAGAUGAUUCUGGCGAUUGGAGAAGUCCAGCGUAACAAGAAGGCCUUGAACCACAGCUUACAUGACAUUGACCAGGCUACCCGGGUUCUGGAUAAUCUGUUGAUGACCGUCGCAUUCAUCGUUGGUCUCCUCGUCUUUGUCUCGUUCGUGACGAGUGGAUUUGGCACGGUCAUUGCAGCAGGUGCCAGUGCUUUGCUUUCCCUGAGUUUCGUCUUUUCCACUACUGCCCAGGAAGUACUGGGUUCGUGUAUCUUUCUCUUCGUCAAGCAUCCGUUUGACGUAGGAGACCGUGUGGAGAUCAGUGACAAGCCCUUCUUCGUCGAGCGCAUCUCCCUUCUGUUCACCGUGUUCCGAAAUGUGAACGAUCACCGUAUCACGCAGAUUCCGAACUCGGUUCUCAACAGCUUGUGGGUCGACAACUUCACCCGUGCCAACGCCAUGCACGAAGUCUUGAAGGUUCCGAUUGAUUUCGAUACGACGUUUCAGAACAUUCAGCGGCUUCGCGAGGAGCUGGAAGAAUUCGUGCGCGACAAGGACAACUCCCGUGACUUCCAGCCCGACAUUACCAUUGAUAUCAGUGGCGUUGGUGACAUGGACAAGAUGGAGCUGAGCGUGUAUAUCCGUCAUAAAUCGAAUUGGUCGAAUGAAGCAGUCCGUGCUACACGUCGCUCAAAGUUCAUGUGUGCAUUGGUUGCUGCUGUGCGCCGCGUGCCUAUCCUUAAGCCUGGUUCCGGCGGUGGCGACGCUGAAGAGAAGCCCGAGGACAAGCUGGAAGAUACCCCCGAAAUUAUUGUUGAAGAUGUGGUCAAGCGUGCUCGACGGGAGUCCGCCUCGUCUGCGGAGCCUGUUCGACGGAUUCCUCCAGAUUCUAGCUUCGCUACAACGGAGUCUCGCUCUACCGGAUUUGACAUGGGCCAGUCGCCCAAUUCCAUACAGCGUCGCGGAGUUGGUGCGUCCGUCAGCUCCUACAGUGAGGGACUCAGCGCCGAGCAUGCCGGCACUUACCCGAACUCCCGUGAUGGUCACGAAGGUGACCAGUAUCAAACCCCGGCCGGGUCGCCCGGUCAGGAGCGCACCCGGAGCGUUAACUACGGAUCCAUGACACGCGAGCAAUCCACUGGCCGACGCAAGGAGGGAACUGGCAACAUCAUAUCGACUGCCACUGGUGGUGUUCCUGUACUGUCUGAACCGGUGCCUCCCCGUCGGCAACAGGAGCAGCAGCAGCCCCCUGUGCGACUAGUUCCCGACCAGAACCAACAGGCCCAGGCUCAGGCACAGACUCAGCAGACCGGUGCAGCUGCGGCCCAGGCUCCAGUAAACGGGGCUUCAGUCACGCUUCAGCCGGAAUACUACAGCUACCAGGGCCAGUACUACGACCCCGUCGAGGAGUCGUACGACCCCAACCAGCCGUUUGAGCUCCCGUCGAUGGCGGAACCUUCGGCAGAGGGACAACGGGAGCACUCGUCACACACUCUCGCAUCGUCGCGGACGGCGUAUUCUGGCGAGUCGGGAGAGGAGCAUCAACCCCGGUCAUAUGCCCCUCCACGUCGAAAUCCGUACGAGGGUUAAUGAGAUGAACAAAAAGAAACUGAAAUAAGAGAGAAUCAACAAAACACGACAAACUCAAAUAGGUGUGGUCACGAGUGACGAACCAUUUUAAUUCAACCAUGGGAUGGUGUGAAUUCUGUAUUAUUACCAAAGAUCUAUUCCCAACAAGCAAGACUAACUUCAGAUGCAUAGGUCAUUUUAGUUACGCAGCAGUAGAUAGAGUCAUAAUCCCG